UGCAGUAGCGUCAACGGGCACGUCAGAAAAUAAAAGAAAAUGUGGACAGUAAGGACAAACUGAGGCCGGAUUAAGGACGUCGAAUCAUUGCUGUUCUCUUCGUAAAUCAACGUUGCUAGGUAGCUGAUUCUUUUUAAAUAUCCAGGCUUUACAUUAGACUGUUGAAGGGUCGUUUCGAGGUUAACGCGACCCUUUGUUGUGUGGUUAUUCGUUUUGAGGAAGCAGCUCGGCUAGCUAGCUGAAUUAGCCAGCCUGCUAGAGAUGGGAACGAAAGCAAGUCGCCUACAGGAAGACCCGGUUCCUUCUCCUUUCGGGAAAGAUGGCACAAGGCGGGAUUCCUAUCGGCGAACCCGCUGUCCCAGGCCCACCAGUCUCGUUGUCGACUUCUCCGUUAGUUUCGAGGACACGGAGGCCAACCGGAGCCGAUCUGAAGAGGGCAGCGACUCGGACUUAGGGCAGCAUGCAGCAAGCGCGGAGGGUAGCCCAUCUGACCACCACAGCAUCCCCUCUAGCAUUAGCCAAGCUUCGCCUGCAGACGAUAAUAACAGCGAGGGGAAACCCGAGGAAGACGGCAGUGUUAGCCCAGAGGCUUCUGUCGAUGUGGAACACCAGCCCGGAGAGGAGACAGGCCGCACACCCCACCGCACUUUUUCUGAGCGACUCCCCGGGAAUCGCCACUCUUCUGCCCGCAGCGUUGGCGCAAGAUCAGCCCGGGUCCGUGGCACCCACCAGCGCCCGGUGUCAGAAGCUUGGAUUGGCCUUUACCGUGUUAACAACCGACAUGGCAAUAUUCGCUGUCCUUUCUGCUCAAAGCCUUUCCCAGGGGGCCGGAUUGAGGAUCACCUGUUGAGCUGCCUCACAUCUCCUCCCCUACCUUACAACACGGAUGUGCUAAGUAAAGACAGUGGAGAGUGUUCUAUCUGUUUGGAGGAUCUGGUGCAGGGUGAGACCAUCGCCAGGCUGGCUUGCCUGUGCGUCUACCAUAAGAGCUGCAUUGAUUCCUGGUCCAAGGUGAAGCCCUGCUGCCCUGAACAUCCCUUUGAUUGACUCACAGGUCACGUGUAUUCAGCCAAGUGACCAACUCGACUCAGGAGACUACACUGAAUCCCAAUAAAAUACAAUAAAAAUCUGUAAUUGAACAAACAAAAGUCCACUGUCCCUCAGACGAAAAUAUUUGAAUGGCGAACAAACGAUCCCAAAAAUAAGCUACAGUCGGCUUUAUCCCCUGACGCUCCUAGCCUGGAUCAAUCCAUUUGAACCUAAUCCAAACCUUUUCAUGCCAAACAUCAAUAGUAUAACCAGCUGCUUUUUAAUGUGUGGUUGAGUCCCUGAUUGGAGCAGAAGUUCUGCCGUUUCCCCAUCUUCACUGUGGACCGGGCAUAGUGGAGCAUCUAAAAAUGAUCCUCCUAAAACAAUGGCACUUGCCCCAUGUUAGACUUGGGGAGUAAAAGGUUAUCUUUACUGUUACUCUGGCUCCUCUCCUGUGUAUUUUUUAGUCCCCUUGAAUGGGAUCAUUCAUUUUAUCAAGUAUUUUGCAAAGCAAGUGUUCCAUGUUGUACGUCAAAUGAAUGUUUUCAUUUCUUUGGCUCAGCCCAAAUGAACCAACCUCACACUGAAAGCGCAAAGUGUUACCACAUAAGGUUUGUUUUACUUUAAACUAGCUUGAGGGCUUCUUUUUUGGUGAAUGGGGCUGUUGUCACUCUUGUUACAUACUUUCCGUAACCUGUAACAUUUCAGGGGAAAUUUAUAUAUAUAUAUUUUUUUUCCUCUCUUUAUAGGUCAGUUUCUCAUUGAGAGUUAGUUAGUGCAGAGUUUAACGUGCUGCUACUUGGUGUGUGUUUUGGAGGGUGGUGGGUGUUUUACAGGGCCAUAGUAGCAACAUGUUGGCACUAACUUGAGCACUUUGUCGAAGCUAUUUUUUCUUUCUUUUUCUGCUAAAAGGUCUGGGAUGACAUUGUGUUUUGGCGUGUUUGUACGUGUGUUCAGAUGAUGACUAGGGACUGAAUAUGUCCUGAACAUGACUGUAUUUUCACUGAACUGUGUGUGUGUGUGUGUGUGUGUGUGUGUGUGUUUACUGUAACUUGCCCUGAUGUCUGCUUGGUCAAGCGGGUCAUACUUUUUCAUUUUCUGAGGUCAUUUCUGAUUAUGUUCACGCAGGGAAACACUCUGUUACAAGUUGACUUUGGUACUUUGAAUGCAGGUUGGGUUUUUGUUCCCCUUCUCCCUUUUAAAUCUGAAACACUCUGCGGUGUGGUCUGAAUUUAUUAUUUAUUUUUUUGGACUGGGCCCUGAGCAACAAUUUUGCCAUCUGGUUAAUGCCAGAUCGGGGAGGUAUAAAGGGACAGACUGACUGAGGGAUGUAUUUUUGGGGCAUGUGUACACCAUGUGGCAUCUGCUUCUCUCCACAACACUGGAGGCUAUGGACAGCUGAUGGUUAAUAAUUGCAUAAGUAGCCCCCUCCUUUUCCUACAUUCUUUUAUUUCAAGCGUUUCAGCUUUGAUAUUAUCACAUUUCUCAUGAUUAUUGCUAAAUGUGUUAAAUGGCUUUCCUGUGUGUGUGCUUUGUGUGUUGAUUGCCUUUGCUUAGUGAAGGGGCUUUUGUGCAAACAACAUUUAGUCUUUUUUUUUUUUUUUUUAUGGGCUGAACUGAAGUGGAAGCCCAACAAUAAGGCUGCUCAACAGACACAGUCUGACAGAAGUAGUACACAGGCAUGUGGAAAGAACAAAAACAUGAACUCAUUGCUUUUUGCCUUCUGCUUUAAAGUUGAGUCCAUUACAUGUUAAGUGUGAGGGCAGCAGCGGUAUGGAUCAGCUUUAAGGUCGGACAUGGAUUCAGCUGGCAAGUUAAGGCACCACGGCCCCUCUGGUCUCUGGUGUGCUGCAGUCUGAGGUGCUACAACUUGUCCCACCACCAGUGGGCAGCCCUGUGCAUGUUUCUCAUAUUUUUAUAUAUAUAAAUAAAUAUAUUGGAGAAUUGGAACAAGAUGCCAAAAGUCUGUGUGUGCAUUGGGAGCAUUGUGUGAGCGCGUGCAGAAGAGAACUUGCAUUGAUCGUUAGAUGUUACAUAUGUUGUGGUGAUAAGUUAUGAUGUAUACUUUGACUGGGGGGUGGGUGUUUGUGUAUGCUUGGGUGGGGGGGCGUGGGGCCGUGGAGGUUGGGUUGUCAACAAAGAUGACAGACAAUCCGAAACCCACAUAACUCAUUUACUUUCUUACCCCCUCUGAGCUGUGUGGUGCAAUACCUCUAUUUUUACCAAUGCUAGCUAAAUGCUCUGUGCUUAAACUAGCUCCUCAUCAACCAAGGAUGGUAUUUUAUAUAAAUGUCCCUCAACUUUUGGUUUUGAAUCACAUGGCUCAGUGUCUGAGCUGUGCUUUGAGAUCAAGGUAUUGGAUAAGAAUGUUAAAAAGGUCAUAACAGCAAAAUCUGCUUCCCCGAAAUAUGGACAAUCUGCCUUUUACUCUGGUAUUAAAACUAAUUGAAUUUUAUUUAUUAAAUUGUAAAUAUGUAAUGCAAUUUAAGAAAAUGGCUUGGUCCUUGUCUGUUAAAUAUACUGUUUCUAAGCUCCGAUCUUUUGUAUGUCUCAAAUUGUUUUUAUAUGUAUUUUUUACAAUAAAUAUGUGAGAGAUGUU